AUGUUCAUUUCUAAACUCGCCCCUAUCUAUAUGACAGGUCUCAUUGCUAGCGUGCUUGCUAGUCCCCUUGAGACACUGGCUGUUCACACAGAAGGGCAGGCCCUGGCGAAGCGGGCUGAAGGUAUUCACUUAGUGAAUUGCAGAACCUACUCCCUGGUCGUGUAUUGUUCCAACGACAGUAACUGCAACUUCUUUCCAUCCGAUGCCAAUAAGUGUGUCCCUACCAAGGGAAUCCUGACCUGGGAGAUCCCCAACGGGCUGUGUGCUUUCAACACUGGAGAGUCUUUCCAUUGGAAUAUCAGGUCCAACGCUCAAUCCCAGGAGAACUAUUCUGUUGUCGGGUCUGGCAAUAAUAAUGAGCGUGGCUUCGUAAUUCGAAAGGACGACAAGCACGUCAUGUUCACUGACCCCAACAAUGGAGAGCAAUGCUCUAGCAUCUAUUACGCUGUCUAA